ACCUAACACCAAAACGUCAGCUAACAUGGCUGAUUGAGUAAAGGUAAUCGGUGACACAGUGUUAUAUAAAUUUAAGAUGGCUUUCUCUGAAGAAAAAUCAUAUGAAGAAAAAUUCUUUUAUUCCGAACCAAAAAAUCAACCAACUAGACAUUAUGGAGCCUAUGCUGCUACACCUGCUUUUACAACCCCUUUAACACCAGCGGAAGGUAGUAUGCACUCAUUUCAAGAUCUGCCACGAUGCAGAGAUUUCGAAUUACGUGCUGUAAAAUGCUUGGAGGCUUAUGGAUGGUACAGACUGAAUGAAAAAUGUGAAUUAUUCAUGAAGGAUAUGUACGAAUGUGUAUUUCGUGCGAAACAAAGCAAACGACUGUAUCUAAUGACCAAGGAACACAAACGUCAAAUAGCAAACGGAGAACGUGAAUAUAUCCCAACUCCACGUGUUGAUUUGCUUUGAAUUAUACGUCAAAGACAUAUCUCUAUUCCUUAGAAGAAUGCAUAGGCAAGUUUAUCGAAUAUGUAUGUUUCUGCGAGAGAAGCAUUAUCUAAGGUAAUUUUUCGAAUUUACUGUUUCGUCGUGAAGUACUUAGAACAUCGAAAGUGUCUAAUUAAAUUGUUAGAUGGAAUGUAACAUACAAGUGGAAAGCAAAACGAA